AUGGCAACUUUGACGCAAAGCUUCAGCUCCAUACUACAUGAGCAUGGCAUGCGUGCUGCUUCGGUAAUAAAUAAAGAAGUGAAAACCACCGAAAAAAUAAUAUGCAACUUGCAAAAAUUAAUAAAAAGUACAUUCCUAAAAAGUACAUUCCCUCGCAUAUCUUUUCAUCGACUCACCAGUUACGAGAAUUUAAUCAGAGAAGUAGACGACAAGCUGAAGUACGCAGAAGUCUACAUCAAAAACAGGCUGAAAUACGUAGAAAUCGGUAGGACAAAGAGUAUUUAUUACAAUACAAAAUGUUGCAGAAAUGUUGUACGAAGUUGUACAUGUUAUGAUGGCAAACUGUGA